AGAAGUGUCGAAAUUCCCUCAUCAUGAAGGUCUUGCUGUUCACGUUGACCGCCCUCGUUGCUGUCGGGUUGAUCAGCGGCCAGGGCGAGCCAUGGUGUCGCUGCGCCCUCUUCGUCUCCUCCUCGUACGCUGAGUGGAUGGUCUUCGAGCUCCCGGAAGUCAACAUCACCGACUGCGACAGCCACGACCAGUGCAAGUGGCAUUGCAUUAAGGAGCUUAACGAGAUGACGAACGAGAUGGACUUGUGGUCAACCGUCAGCAACGCCACGGUCGGCCAGUACAUCUGCGAAGAACUGUAUUCGCAUUUCAUCUUCUUCAUCCACAACUCUUACGUCCACGCCUACUACGAGAUGUGCGGCGGGCCCUGGGAGUACACGGGCCUGGACUCCCAACAGAUGCUGUGCUGCGACAGGGGCGAACACAAGCACUGCAUCUCGUAACAGUUAUUGCAGCUAAUUGUGGUUUCUCUCAAUCCAGGCUGCUACUGACACUGUUCUAUUGAAGCUUAUAAAUGUAUUUACA